GUCUUCCUCCAUACAACGACGUUAACCGGGUACCCAGUAAACAAAUGGCCUCGGCUCCAGCUAUCUUGCCAAAGGUAUUGAAGACCGUGCAGAAGCUUUAUCCUGUUGCGCUUGCCGACAAGACAUGGGAUAACACCGGUCUCCUCCUCGAAGCGCCAAUCCCCCACAGACCUGCUGCAAAUGGAGUCAGCCGAGUUUUGCUCACUAUUGACUUGACGACCGCUGUUGCUGAGGAGGCGCUCAGGGAGGGCAGUGGUGUCGCCGUGAUUGUGGCAUACCACCCUAUCAUUUUCCGUGGGUUAAAGUCUCUUACAAUGAAGGACACACAACAGCGCUCUCUCCUCCGCCUUGCAGCGGCCGGGAUCUCCAUAUACGCACCGCAUACCGCCGUAGAUGCUGCUGUGGGUGGAGUCAACGACUGGCUCGCGGAUGGAGUUUCGGGUGGUAAGGAGCACGAGGAGAAGCGUGAGGUUCUGCAGAACGGCACCAAAGUCGAGGGACACGAAGACGGUGGCAUGGGCCGACUGGUGGAGCUGAAGGAGCCGCUGGAGUUGAUAGAGUUGGUGAAGCGCGUGAAGAAGUUGACGGGGCUGAAAUACGUUCAGGUCGCACGGCCUCAAUUAUUGGAGAAGGUGAAGACCAUCGCCAUAUGUGCUGGUUCUGGAGGUUCUUUGUUCAGAGGCGUUCAAGCCGACUGUUUCUUUACCGGUGAACUGGGUCACCAUGAGACCUUGGCUACGGUUGAAAACGGCAUGAGUGCGAUCAUCUGUGGUCAUACAAACACUGAACGUGGGUUUCUCGCAGCAGUGAUGAAGCCUAGAUUAGAGGAACUGUUAAAGGAGGAGGAGGAGAAGAUUGAGGUUGUGGUUAGUGAAGGUGACAGGGAUCCUGUAGAGAUCAUGUAGAUAGGUAUAUGGUAAAGACUAACGCCGCGUUCCCAAGGCACACCCAGUAAUCAUUUCUAGUCAUCCGCUUCCGUUGCGUUUUGCUUCGGAGGCGGUGUAGGCGCGCCAUGGUUCAUAGCGGCUUCACACCUUUCUCUCAAAUCUUUCACUCCCCGUACCUCUGACCAUCGAUCAAGGAUCCCUUGUACUUUCGUCCAUUGCCGUUCUGCU